UCACACGCUACAUUGUAUCAUCAAUGGUAUCAAUGACUUGAUUAUAAUUAGCGUCUUAUUCAUACUAACCGCUGUUCGGCCGCCGGCCACUAGGUGGUGGUAUAUGUGUUCACUGAAGCCGGUGUUAUCAUCAGUCCUCCUCCUUUUCCAAGAUGUCGGUGUACGGGCCAGUGGUGAAAAUUCACCCCGUCGUUCUCGCUUCUAUCUGCGACUCUUACGAGCGGAGAAAUGAGGGCGCGAGUCGUGUUAUCGGGACUCUGUUGGGUACUGUUGACAAGCACUCCAUUGAAGUGACCAACUGCUUCUCUGUCCCCCAUAAUGAGUCUGAAGAUGAGGUUGCUGUGGACAUGGAGUUCGCUAAGAACAUGUACGAGCUCCAUAAGAGGGUGUCGCCCACUGAGGUCAUCAUCGGAUGGUAUGCCACAGGCUUUGACAUCACAGAACACUCUGUGCUCAUUCACGAGUACUACAGCCGUGAGGCCACCAACCCCAUUCACCUGACAAUGGAUACCGCGCUGCAGAGUGGCAAGAUGAGCAUCCGUGCCUACGUCAGUGCGCAGAUGGGUGUGCCAGGAAAGACCGUCGGUGUGAUGUUCACCCCACUGACUGUCAAGUAUGUCUACUUUGACACGGAGAGGAUAGGCGUGGACCUUCUGCAGAGGACACGUUUACUUCCGAGUCGCACCAAGGGGCUGACCUCAGAUCUGUCCCAAGUGGCUGGCUCUGCAGCCAGGGUACAGGACAUGCUGACCACCAUGCUCGCAUACAUUGAUGAUGUGCUGUCUGGCAAAGUGGCGGCAGAUAACAGCGUGGGUCGCUUCCUGAUGGACCUGGUCAACAAGGUUCCCACCAUCUCAGCCGAGGACUUUGAGAACAUGCUCAAUUCCAACAUUAACGAUCUGCUGAUGGUGACCUACCUGUCUAACCUCACCCAAGCACAGAUUGCUCUAAAUGAGAAGCUGGUGCUGCUCUGAGGGGAUUUCAUUGAAGUGAUUCAUAUUUAAUUUUGUAUACUUUUUUUUUCUUUUCUUUAUUUUGGCUGAGAUGAAUAAAGAUGUUAAACAGUCAUAAAGUUUUAACCAAUUGG